AUGGCCGUUGAUCUCAUUAUGAGCGAUCAUUCCGAGGACGAAAGGGAGGUCGACGCCUCCACACCAGCAGAGCUCGAGCCGCAACUUGCUUCCUGGGAUUCGCUCUGCGACGUCCUGCCCAGCGUAGAAGAGGAGGAAAUCUACAACUUUCAAGGCUCAGAAGAUAGCGAGACUGAGAAUGAAGAACUGGCUAGCCUGCGACCAAUCUCGAUUCAGAUCCCGGAAUGCGUUCUGGUCAGCCCGCGUUCUUGCUACGACGGUUUCGAACCGCCAUGCCCUGCCAUGUCGGAGCGCGCUGCUCUGAAGAUGUUGCUGCCGAAGCGCUCCGAUGAAGAUGAAUACCUCGACCUGCAACUUGACGACUUUACCGUCUACUGCGACACCGACUUGUACCCAGAAGAGAUGAGAUCUCUCAACCAGCUUGGUACCGAGUCCAAUUCGCCUGACCUUUACUUCGACGGAAUUCUCUCGAACGGGGCAAAAAGCACAUAUGUUCGCCGUAUUUGCAUACACACUAUGCCACUCGGAAACUAUGGCCAAGCGUCGAAAGAUCAAACAAGAGACAAUGUAUGGCUUCAAUCGGAGCUCAACGACGGGAGCGAUGUAUAUUACAAACUUGGCACACCGGCGGCUGAGUACAAGAGGUUCUUUGAGCCGUUUCUGUGGGUGGCCGACCUUGCAAAGCAUGUUGUUGAUUUUCUCACGGCUAUGCACACCAACCGGCAGCGGGUGACUAUUCAUCAUUUUCGACAAGAGUUUGCGUCAUGGCUUCUCGCUGCUUAUUCCGCAUCCGAUAACUUCGAAGACGUCGAGAUUUGGAUGUCAAAAUACCCUCGCCUCGACUACCGAUCCGCUGUCAACACGAAUAUCGCGUUUCUACGUAAAGAGUCUAUUGGGGCUAUGGGGCAUAAAACGGCUGACUGUCACCCCUUGUGGAAUGAGGUGUUCCUUUUUCAACAGUACAUUCCGUACUAUUCGCACGCCGCAAACUACACCACGGUAGUGACGAGAUACAUUCACGAUUGCUUUUGUCAUCUGCCUUUUGGAAAGCAUUUGGACUGGGUAGAUUUUGGGGCCAACACAAAACGUCUCCGGUCGGAUCUAAUUUCACGAUUGACACCUCCGGUGCUCACCAUAGCCCCUUGCAGCCCACCAAUGUCUCCAACCAACAAGAUUGGACCUGGAGACACCAUAUCUACUACCCGAGAUACUGCUGAUUCUGGCACCGUUUGGGGGAAGGAAGAUGCUCGGGAUGAUCAGCAUGACGACCUGUGGUUUGCUCUCGUACAAAACGUCUCGAUCGACAGCGAGGGCCAGAAAGUCUUUGAGGUUAUAUGGUACUAUCGACCUGUGGAGACACUAUGCGGCGUCAUGAAAUACCCUUGGUCGAACGAGCUAUUCCUGUCGGAUCACUGCUCUUGUGAAGAAGACGCUAAGAUACGAGAAGACGAAGUGUCAGGGGUUCACGAAGUAGAAUUUGGAGGCCCACCAGACACCUUGAAAGAAUUCUUCUGUCGACAAACGUACUUGGUUGAUGACAGAGCUUGGGUGUCUCUCAGACAAUCGCAUUUCAAGUGUUGCCACGUCCAGGAAGCAUCUUUCCCUGACUGUACGGAGUAUUGUAUUGGUGACACAGUGCUCGUGCACUUGGUCAAAAACUCCAACAUCUGUCAGCCUUGUGAGAUUGUUGAAACUGAGCAGCAGUAUGGAAGAAUACGGUACACCUUUCGGAAGUUUCCCAGGCGCCACGCCAUUGAUUCGACUGCACGCGAUGCACCGCCAAACGAGCUCUUGUACACGGAGGAAACCGUCAAGACCGGCCCGUCACGUAUCGUUGGCAGAUGUCAUGUGCGAUGGUUUCCAGCGACCGAAAUUAUACCAACACCAUAUAAUCGUGACGGUGUCGGAGCCUUCUUCUUCCUGACCUAUGAGAAGCAACGGACAGAUGACGGCUUCGCCAUUCAUCCUUUGGCAGAAGCCCCGCCAUCAUUAAAACAAGGCUACGAUCCACGACAGGGGUCGGUGCCAAAGCUCCGAGGUCUUGAUUUAUUCUGCGGCGGAGGUAACUUUGGCCGGGGUCUCGAAGAAGGGGGCGCAGUGAUGAUGAAGUGGGCGAACGACAUGGACUCUAAAGCGCUGCAUACGUAUAUGGCGAACACUACAGAGCGGGAGCAGGUGUCUCCAUUUCUAGGCUCUAUUGAUGAUUUCCAGCGGCUUGCGAUCUAA